CGUCCCGCGGGGGCUGGUGAUAGACGUUCCGCCAAUUCCAAUCGGAGGCUCCCGGUGCCGGGAACAACCAAUCGGGGGCUCCGGUGGGCGGGGCGUCGGGCCACUUAGAUUUGGCGGUUCGACUUCAACAUGGCCGAAGCGAGCAGCGGUGAAACAGAUAACCGCAGUGAGGAAAACGGGCCUGAGGGUUCGUCCCCGAAAUCUUUGUUAUCUGGCACUACCAUUUCGAGGGUGAAGCUCCUCGAUACCAUGGUGGACACCUUCCUCCAGAAGCUGAUCGCUGCCGGGAGCUACCAGAGGUUCACUGACUGUUACAAGCGCUUCUACCAGUUGCAGCCUGAGAUGACACAGCGGAUCUAUGACAAGUUUAUAACUCAGUUGCAGACAUCUAUCUGGGAAGAAAUUUCUGAAAUUAAACAGGAGGGGAACCUGGAAGCAAUCCUGAAUGCCCUGGAUAAAAUUGUGGAGGAAGGCAAAGACUGCAAGGAGCCAGCAUGGCGCCCUAGUGGGAUCCCGGAGGAAGACCUGCGUGGCGCCAUGGCGCCCUACCUCCUGCAGCAGCGGGACGCCUUGCAGCGCCGUGUGCAGAAACAGGAGGCUGAGAACCGGCAGCUGGCGGACGCCGUCCUAGCCGGGCGCAGGCAGGUGGAAGAGCUACAGCUGCAGGUGCAGGCCCGGCAGCAGGCCUGGCAGGCACUACACACAGAGCAGAGGGAGCUGGUGGCCGUGCUGAGGGAGCCGGAGUGAGGAGACGCCGGGCCCAGGAGCCUGUGGCCCUGGAUGACCAGCCUGAGAACAGCUGCAG